UUCGCUUUGAACUUCAUCUUGAAGUAUGUGUUCGAACAGAGAUAGUUUACGACGAAUCUGAAGGAAGACCUCUGGUACUGCACACGAGUUGAUCCGGCCCUGCUUUUUAUCUGAAUUAUACUCCAAGGACAUACUGUAUUGCCAUCACGCUACUUGUUCAGAGGGAUUCUAUUUCCUUUCACGAUUCGAAUAGCAGAAUCAUGCUUGAAGAGCCGGUUGUUUCUGUUCUUGGAAGAGAUCCAACGAGAAAGCACAGAAUCAACGCGAACUCCUUCCAACAGAACGCUAUUACCUCCAUCAACGGAUGGCAGUAUGCCGCUUUUUACACAGACGAGAUUAACGGAGAGAGAAAAGAUGGAUGUUAUGUAAAUCUAGCUCGAAGACAAGUUUCAAGAGCUGGAGUUACAAAUACAACAAGAGCGUGGCAAACUAUUUUGUUUGAAGACUAUAAACAAAUCGUUGAUGAUGGCCAUAAUACCAUUUCAAUAGGGGUUUGUAAAGGAGAUGGAACUAUCCAUGUAGCAUUUGAUCAUCAUUGCGACCAAUUGAGACUUAGAAUUUCGAAGCUGGAUGUAGCCGGUGCAGCUCCAACACAAGCUUGGGAUGCUUCGACUUUCACGAAGACCCAGAAUUUCUUGCCCGGUAUAGCUGCAAAUGACCUGAUGAAAGAGGUUACUUACCCGAGAUUUGUGAACAUUGACGAUGACCUUCUCCUUACAUAUCGAAUUGGCCAAGCAGGUCUAGGAUCCGAUAUCCUGUACCGUUACUCCUCGACCACGCAUCAAUAUGUUUAUCUCGGUCAAUACCUCACAGGUAUAGCUAACAGCCCGUACAUAAAUGGUCUAGAUUAUCGGCAGCCUCGCCUCCACGUCUCAUGGUGUUACCGUAACUUCGUCCAGGUAGAUGCUUCAGCAUCGGCAGAUGCACACAAGCAGCAAGCUGGACCGAACGGGCCUGAGAACAACUAUGAUCUCAACUAUGCCUUCUCCGAAGACAUGGGUGAGGCAUGGAAAAGCUCGGACGGAAGGGUGCUGGCGGUAUUGGGAAGCAAAGAGGCUGGAGUUGGAAGGACAAUAAAGCCUGAUGUUGAUGGGGCAAGGGUCUUUGAAAUACCCAUGCAUAGUGGAAUACUGAAUCAGGAAGGGCAAGGCGUAGAUUGGGAAGGAGGUUUCUGGGCCCUGAACCGAGAGAAAGUGGAAGGAGAGGAGAAGUGGAUAGCUUAUUAUCGAGAUGUCGCAGGACAUUGGACCAAGAAGAUUGUUCCCAGCUUCUCGCAGCCAACAGAAACGGGUUCCAGAGGAAGCAUAUGUGUUGAUCGAAAAAACAACGUUUAUCUCAUUUUGCCAGGAAAUUCCGAUUCGAGCUUGGAAAUCAUGCUGGCGCGGAAGGACGGGGAGUGCGCGAGCAUCAAGCCGAUCUGGAGGAGCGAGGGGUACGAUGGCGAGCCUUUGGUUGAUGUGCAGCGUCUGGAAGUAUCUGAUGUCUUGUCAGUAUUUACGAGAACGAGCAGAAGUGUUGGAGAAGGCAAGGUUGUUGUACUAGAUUUCGCCUUACCAGGUGCUCUAGGUUAGAUGUUGAAUUCUACUGCAGGGAAUAUUUUCGACCUAGUGAAUAAAUCAGUAAAGGGGAAGUCGAGAAUUGAGUUGUGUUGGUGUGUAGGGCGUAAUCAAACUGGGUGAUUGAGGCGAG